GUUUCUGAGACACUAAAGCGUUUUGCAGGGAAGGUGACAACAGCCAGCGUGAAGGAACGGAGAGAAAUCCUCAGUGACCUGGGAAAGUGUGUAGCUGGAAAAGAUCUGCCAGAGGGAGCAGUGAAAGGGCUCUGCAAAUUAUUCUGCUUGACUCUACAUCGAUACAGAGAUGCAGCCUCACGCAGGGCCCUGCAGGCAGCCAUCCAGCAGUUGGCUGAGGCCCAACCGGAAGCCACUGCUAAGAACCUCUUGCACUCUCUGCAGUCUUCAGGCAUUGGCUCCAAAGCAGGUGUUCCCAGUAAGAGCAGUGGCUCGGCGGCCUUGCUGGCCCUGACCUGGACCUGCCUACUAGUGCGCAUUGUCUUUCCCUCGAAAGCCAAGCGACAAGGAGACAUCUGGAACAAAUUGGUUGAAGUACAGUGCCUGCUCCUGCUGGAGGUGCUGGGCGGCUCCCACAAACAUGCUGUGGACGGUGCUGUGAAGAAGCUCACCAAGCUGUGGAAAGAGAACCCCGGGCUGGUGGAACAGUACUUGUCAGCCAUUCUCAGCCUAGAACCCAACCAGAACUAUGCGGGCAUGCUAGGGUUGUUGGUGCACUUCUGCACAAGCCACAAGGAGGCAGACGUAGUCAAUCGGCACAAGAGUGCCCUGCUGGAUUUCUACGUGAAGAAUGUCCUGAUGAGCAAAGUAAAGCCUCCCAAGUACCUGUUGGAUAACUGUGCCCCUCUGCUCCGAUACAUGUCCCACUCAGAGUUUAAGGAUCUGGUACUGCCCACCAUACAGAAGUCCUUACUGAGGAGUCCAGAGAAUGUUAUUGAAACCAUCUCCAGUCUGCUGGCAUCGGUGACACUUGAUCUCAGCCAGUAUGCCCUGGACAUCGUGAAAGGCCUGGCUAAUCAGCUAAAGUCCAACAGCCCCCGCCUGAUGGAUGAAGCCGUGCUAGCACUACGAAACCUGGCCCGCCAGUGCAGCGACUCCUCGGCAACUGAGGCCCUGACCAGGCACCUGUUUGCUAUUCUCGGAGGCUCAGAGGGAAAGCUGACUAUUGUAGCCCAGAAGAUUAGUGUCCUCUCAGGGAUUGGGAGCAUCAGUCAUCACUUGGUGUCUGGGUCUUCUGGUCAAGUCCUGAAUGGGACCGUAGCUGAGCUCUUCAUUCCGUUCCUCCAGCAGGAAGUGCAUGAAGGCACCUUGGUACAUGCUGUCUCGAUUCUGGCUCUUUGGUGUAACCGUUUCACAGCAGAAGUGCCCAAGAAGCUCACUGACUGGUUCAAGAAAGCCUUCAGCCUUAAAACCUCCACCUCUGCAGUGAGGCAUGCCUACCUGCAGUGUAUGUUGGCCUCCUUCCGAGGUGACAUGCUACUGCAGGCCCUGGACUUACUGCCCUUGCUCAUCCAGACAGUGGAGAAGGCAGGCUCCCAGAGCACUCAGGUUCCCGCCGUCACGGAAGGGGUUGCUGCAGCCUUGCUGCUCUCGAAGCUUUCAGUAGCUGACUCACAGGCUGAGGCCAAACUAAACAGUUUCUGGCAGCUGGUUGUGGAUGAGAAGAAGCAGAUUUUCACUUCUGAGAAAUUCCUGCUCAUGGCCUCAGAAGAUGCCCUGUGUACCGUGCUGCAUUUGACAGAGAGGCUUUUUCUGGACCACUCGCACAGACUCACCGGCAGCAAAGUUCAGCAGUACCACCGGGCGCUGGUGGCUGUGCUCCUGAGCCGCACCUGGCACGUGCGCAGGCAGGCUCAGCAGACCGUUCGGAAGUUGCUGUCCUCUCUUGGGGGCUUUAAGCUGGCCUGUGGACUUCUGGAGGAGCUGAAGACUGUCCUCAGUUCCCACAAGGUGCUGCCCUUAGAGACUCUGGUGACUGACACUGGAGAGGUGACUGAGACAGGCAAGACCUAUGUGCCUCCGAGGGUCCUGCAGGAGGCUCUGUGUGUUAUUUCUGGUGUGCCGGGGCUUGAUGGUGACAUCACUAACAUGGAACAAUUGGCCCAGGAGAUGCUGAUCAUUUCCCAUCACCCAUCUUUAGUGGCAGUGCAGUCUGGACUCUGGCCAGCGCUUCUUGCUAAGAUGAAGAUUGAUCCUGAAGCCUUCAUCACCAGGCAUCUGGAUCAGAUCAUUCCCAGGAUUACCACACAGAGUCCCCUGAACCAGUCCUCCAUGAAUGCCAUGGGCUCCCUUUCCAUCCUGUCCCCGGACCGGGUCCUCCCACAGCUCAUCAGCACCAUCACCACUUCUGUGCAGAACCCUGCUCUGCGCCUGGUGACGCGGGAGGAGUUUGCUAUUAUGCAGACCCCUGCCGGGGAACUGUAUGACAAAUCCAUCAUCCAGAGUGCCCAGCAGGACAGCAUAAAAAAGGCCAACAUGAAGCGAGAGAACAAAGCUUAUUCCUUCAAAGAGCAGAUCAUUGAGCUGGAGCUGAAGGAGGAGAUAAAGAAGAAGAAAGGCAUAAAGGAGGAGGUACAGCUGACCAGCAAGCAGAAGGAGAUGCUGCAGGCCCAGCUGGACAAGGAGGCGCAGAUUCGGAGGCGACUGCAGGAGCUGGAUGGGGAGCUCGAGGCAGCGCUGGGCCUCCUGGACACCAUCCUGGCCAAGAACCCGUCUGGCCUAACCCAGUACAUCCCUGUUUUGGUUGACUCUUUCCUGCCCUUGCUGAAAUCUCCCCUGGCUGCUCCCAGGAUCAAGAACCCCUUCCUGUCUUUGGCUGGCUGUGUUAUGCCCCCGAGGCUCAAGGCUUUAGGAACUUUGGUGAGCCAUGUGACUUUGCGCCUGCUGAAGCCAGAGUGUGCUCUGGAUAAGUCCUGGUGCCAGGAAGAGUUGUCGGUGGCUGUAAAGAGGGCAGUGACACUGCUGCACACCCACACCAUCACCAGCAGGGUGGGCAAGGGCGAGCCAGAUGCUGCGCCCUUGUCAGCACCAGCCUUCUCCUUGGUCUUCCCAUUACUGAAGAUGGUGCUGACCGAGAUGCCCCACCACAGUGAGGAGGAGGAGGAGCGGAUGGCUCAGAUUCUUCAGAUCCUUACUGUCCACGCCCAACUGAGGGCUUCCCCCAGCACCCCACCUGGGCGUGUGGAUGAGAACGGCCCGGAGUUGCUACCUCGUGUAGCUAUGCUGCGUCUUCUGACUUGGGUGAUUGGGACAGGCUCACGGCGCAUACAGGUUCUGGCUUCAGACACACUGACCACCCUAUGUGCCAGCAGCAGUGGCGAGGAUGGCUGCGCCUUUGCAGAGCAGGAGGAAGUGGAUGUGCUGCUCUGUGCUUUGCAGUCCCCAUGUACCAGCGUGCGCGAGACUGCACUCCGGGGACUGAUGGAGCUUCACAUGGUAUUGCCAACCCCUGAUACUGAUGAGAAGAAUGGCCUGAACCUGCUGCGGAGGCUCUGGGUGAUCAAGUUUGACAAGGAGGAGGAGAUCCGGAAGCUGGCUGAGAUGCUCUGGUCAACCAUGGGCCUCGAUCUGCAGCCAGACCUGUGCUCCUUGCUGAUUGAUGAUGUGAUCUAUCAUGAGGCAGCAGUGAGGCAGGCUGGGGCUGAAGCCCUCUCCCAGGCUGUGGCACAGUAUCACCGACACGCGGCGGAGGUCAUGGGCAGGCUUAUGGAGAUCUACCAGGAGAAGUUGUAUCGGCCACCCCCAGUGCUGGAUGCUUUGGGACGAGUCAUUUCAGAAUCUCCUCCAGAUCAGUGGGAAGCCAGCUAUCGCCCCUGUCCUGCUGGAUGCCCUGACGGACCCGUCAAGGAAGACCCAGAAGUGCCUGCAGACCCUGCUGGACACCAAGUUUGUCCACUUCAUUGAUGCUCCAUCCCUUGCCCUCAUCAUGCCCAUUGUCCAGAGAGCCUUCCAGGAUCGCUCUACAGACACACGGAAGAUGGCGGCGCAGAUUAUUGGCAACAUGUACUCCCUGACAGACCAAAAGGACUUGGCCCCAUACCUGCCCAGCGUGACACCUGGUCUCAAAGCCUCUCUUUUGGAUCCCGUGCCUGAGGUGCGGACAGUGUCUGCCAAGGCUCUUGGAGCCAUGGUGAAAGGCAUGGGGGAAUCGUGCUUUGAGGACUUGCUACCAUGGCUGAUGGAGACACUGACCUAUGAACAGAGCUCGGUGGAUCGCUCAGGCGCUGCACAGGGGUUGGCUGAGGUCAUGGCCGGCUUGGGAGUGGAGAAGUUGGAGAAGCUGAUGCCGGAAAUUGUAGCUACUGCCAGCAAAGUGGACAUUGCACCCCAUGUCCGAGAUGGCUACAUCAUGAUGUUCAACUACCUGCCCAUUACAUUUGGGGACAAGUUCACCCCUUAUGUGGGGCCCAUCAUCCCCUGUAUUCUCAAAGCUCUGGCUGACGAGAACGAGUUUGUGCGUGACACUGCUCUGCGUGCGGGCCAGCGGGUCAUCUCCAUGUACGCUGAGACAGCCAUCGCGCUGCUGCUGCCCCAGCUGGAGCAAGGCCUUUUUGAUGACCUCUGGAGAAUACGGUUCAGCUCUGUUCAGCUCCUUGGAGACCUCCUCUUCCAUAUCUCAGGGGUCACUGGAAAGAUGACCACAGAAACCGCUUCUGAAGAUGACAACUUUGGGACUGCUCAAUCUAAUAAGGCAAUCAUCACUGCGCUCGGGGUUGAUCGGCGGAACCGAGUACUGGCAGGGCUCUACAUGGGCCGCUCAGACACCCAGCUUGUUGUGCGGCAGGCGUCCCUGCAUGUCUGGAAGAUUGUUGUUUCCAAUACCCCUCGCACCUUGCGUGAGAUCUUGCCCACUCUCUUUGGGCUGCUGCUGGGUUUCCUGGCCAGCACAUGUGCAGACAAGAGAACAAUUGCGGCAAGGACAUUGGGAGACCUCGUCCGGAAGCUAGGGGAGAAAAUCCUCCCUGAGAUCAUCCCCAUCCUUGAAGAAGGCCUCAGGUCUCAGAAGAGCGAUGAGAGACAGGGUGUGUGCAUUGGGCUGAGCGAGAUCAUGAAGUCCACCAGCCGGGAUGCCGUACUGUAUUUCUCGGAAUCCCUCGUGCCCACAGCAAGGAAGGCUUUGUGUGACCCCUUGGAGGAGGUCCGAGAGGCGGCAGCCAAGACCUUUGAGCAGCUGCACUCCACCAUUGGCCACCAGGCCCUGGAGGACAUCCUCCCGUUUUUACUGAAGCAGCUGGAUGAUGAGGAGGUAUCCGAAUUCGCCUUGGAUGGUCUGAAGCAAGUUAUGGCCAUUAAGAGUCGUGUGGUGCUGCCCUACCUCGUGCCCAAGUUGACAACACCACCUGUCAAUACGCGGGUGCUGGCUUUCCUUUCGUCUGUGGCAGGUGACGCUCUGACCCGUCAUCUUGGUGUGAUCCUUCCUGCAGUCAUGUUAGCCCUGAAGGAGAAGCUCGGGACUCCAGAUGAGCAGCUGGAGAUGGCCAAUUGUCAGGCUGUGAUCCUCUCAGUAGAAGAUGACACUGGGCACCGGAUCAUUAUUGAAGACCUUUUGGAAGCCACCCGAAGCCCUGAGGUGGGCAUGAGGCAGGCUGCUGCCAUCAUCCUCAACAUCUACUGCUCCCGCUCCAAGGCCGACUACACGAGCCACCUGCGGAGCCUGGUCUCAGGCCUGAUCCGCCUCUUCAACGACUCAAACCCUGUGGUUCUGGAAGAGAGCUGGGAUGCCCUAAAUGCCAUCACCAAGAAAUUGGAUGCUGGCAACCAGUUGGCGCUGAUUGAAGAGCUGCACAAAGAAAUCCGGUUCAUUGGCAACGAGAGCAAAGGCGAGCAUGUUCCAGGCUUCUGCCUCCCAAAGAAGGGAGUAACUUCCAUCCUUCCUGUGUUGCGGGAAGGAGUCCUCACUGGGAGCCCCGAGCAAAAGGAGGAAGCUGCCAAGGCCUUAGGCUUAGUGAUCCGCCUGACCUCGGCUGAUGCCCUGAGGCCCUCUGUGGUUAGCAUCACUGGCCCUCUAAUUCGCAUCCUGGGGGACCGGUUCAGCUGGAACGUGAAGGCGGCUCUGCUCGAGACACUGAGCCUUUUGCUGGCUAAGGUUGGGAUUGCCCUGAAGCCCUUCCUGCCCCAGCUGCAGACGACCUUCACCAAAGCCCUGCAGGACUCCAACCGGGGUGUGCGCCUAAAGGCUGCUGAUGCGCUGGGGAAGCUCAUUUCCAUCCAUAUCAAGGUGGAUCCUCUCUUCACAGAGCUGCUCAAUGGAAUCCGGGUCAUGGAGGACCCUGGUGUCAGGGACACUAUGCUGCAGGCCCUGAGGUUUGUGAUUCAGGGAGCAGGUGCUAAAGUGGAUGCCAUCAUUCGGAAAAACAUCGUCUCACUCCUGCUGAGCAUGCUGGGGCACGAUGAGGACAACACUCGGAUAUCCUCUGCUGGGUGCCUGGGCGAGCUCUGUGCCUUUUUGACGGAAGAGGAGCUUAGUACUGUCCUUCAACAGUACUUGCUGGCGGACGUGUCUGGCAUUGAUUGGAUGGUUCGCCACGGCCGGAGCCUGGCACUCUCUGUGGCUGUGAAUGUGGCUCCCCGUAGACUCUGUACAGGCAGAUACAGCACUGAAGUUCAGGACAUGAUCCUCAGCAAUGCUGUGGCAGACAGGAUCCCCAUUGCCGUGAGUGGGGUCCGGGGCAUGGGCUUCCUCAUGAAGUACCACAUUGAGACUGGAGCAGGACAGUUGCCAGCAAAACUCUCCAGCCUGUUCGUUAAGAGUCUGCAGAACCCAUCCAGUGACAUCAGGCUGGUGGCUGAGAAGAUGAUCUGGUGGGCAAAUAAGGACCCACUGCCUCCCCUGGACCCCCAGGCCAUUAAGCCCAUCCUGAAGGCUCUUCUUGACAACACCAAGGAUAAGAACACUGUUGUGAGGGCCUACAGCGACCAGGCGAUUGUCAACCUGCUUAAGAUGAGGCAGGGGGAGGAGCUGUUUCAGGCCCUCUCCAAGAUCCUAGAUGUGGCCAGCUUGGAGGCCCUGAAUGAGUGCAACCGAAGGUCCCUGAAGAAGCUGGCCAGCCAAGCCGACUCCACCGAGCAGGUGGACGACACCAUUCUGACGUGAUCAGCCUGUGCCCUCUUGCACCUGCAGCUCCACAUCGUUGUUCACUGUUUUCAUUUUUGAAAAUACGUUUGUUCCAAUGGGGAGCUGAGAAGAUGGCAUUUCUGAAAGUAUUUUAAUAUAUCAACCAACCACAGCCAAAGCCUUAAAUCAAACCCACACACAACUGAAGAUUGCCUCCUCCAUCUUCCACCCUUUUCUUUGGAGAAGAGAAGGAAAAGCACAUUCAUAAAUAAGCCUUGGUGAAUGGCAGCCCAGGGCCCGCCAUCCAGCUCAGCACAGCCAGGUCCAGGACAGUCUGUGUCCUCAAUUUCAGGUUCCUCCUCACCUGUGCUUGAGCUCUGGUUCAAGAGCUGGCGCUGCCAACCUCUGCCUAGAUCCUGAGCAGGGCACAGAACUGCAGAGCCCUGCCCCGUGUGGUGUCUUGGCUUGGCUUUUCAAUGUUGUGUAGCCUGACUAGCUCUGACCCCUGCUGGGGGAAGGUGAUACCUACACAGCUCUGGCAGUUCCCCGGUCUGGGAGGGGAUGGGUUCAGUGCAGGUCGUUUAAAGGAGGAAUGUUUAAUAAAGGCUUUGAUUUACUCAUUA